AUGGCCAGCCCCGGCUGCAGAUCCUUGAAUUAUUGCAUUUUAGACGGCAGCAAUCAUCACUUACAGUUCUCAGUAAUUAUGUCAAACCUAUGGGUUGCAAAGGAGCUAGUCAUGCAGUUCAAAAAAAUGAAGAAAGAGAGCAGAGGUGACGCAGCAGUGCUAGAUUCAUGGGACGACAGCAGCAGCAGCAGGAAGAUAAAUGUAGGGGACAAGAUUUGGAAAGAGUCUGCGCUCUACAGCAUCUCACUUUCACUUACCCAUCUAUCGUAG